CCCUCUAGCUCUCUGCCGUACUGCCAAGACGUUUAGGCGGAGAGGCAGCUUCUCUAGUUUUGCGAUGCAUCCGCAACUGCUCUGAACUUCAACAGUAGAGAUCGAAUUCUAAAUGUAACAUCCUCUUGCCUAGCGAAGCCUCCUCAUCAGAAAAACUUUCCCAGGUGUGAAACGGUACCUAAAGACAGACCAUGGUGAGGACUUGGGAUGUGCUUGUGAUGCUUGGCUACCUGUGGCUCAACUCUUGUUUGUGCCAGACCUCUGCUCCUCAAGACGACCAGCUAAAGUUCCGCCUAUCCGGCUACCCACGCAAGCACAAUGAAGGAAGGGUGGAAGUCUUCUAUAGGGGCGAGUGGGGCACUAUCUGUGAUGACGACUUCACUCUCUCUAAUGCACAUGUGUUGUGCCACCAUCUUGGCUUUGUGGAGGCUAUCAGUUGGUCACAUAGUGCCAAAUAUGGAGCAGGCACAGGUAAGAUCUGGCUUGAUAACGUGGUGUGCACAGGCACAGAGAACUCCAUUGAUAAGUGUGUGUCUCGUGGCUGGGGCAACAGUGACUGCACUCAUGAGGAGGAUGCAGGUGUAGUCUGUAAAGACGAGAGGCUGCCUGGGUUUUUGGACUCCAAUGUUAUCGAGAUGCAGGUGGAUGAGAACAGGAUGGAGGAGAUUCGCUUGCGUCCUUUGUCCACUGACGCUGGUGCCCGAUUGCCCAUCACCGAAGGUGUACUAGAGGUGAAGUCUAAAGAGGGUUGGGCUCACAUCUGCAGCUUCGGCUGGACCACCGAAAACUCCCGUGUGGUCUGUGGCAUGAUGGGAUUUCCCUCAGAGAAGACCAUGGGAAAGAAGAGACACAGUCACCCAAGCUUAUACAGGAUUCACUCCGUGGCCUGCACUGGGAAUGAGGCUCACCUCUCUGCCUGCACCAUGGAGUUUAAUAAGAACAUUAGCGCCCCCUGUCCUGGUGGAGGACCUGUUGCAGUCCGCUGCAUGGCUGGGCCCCAGUUCAUUCAAGGUCUUAAGCACAAGAGAAAGCCACCAAUGUCUAAGGUACGUCUGAAGGGUGGUGCCAGGGCUGGCGAAGGCCGGGUGGAAGUGCUUAAGGACUCUGAGUGGGGUACAGUGUGCGAUGACCACUGGAACCUGCAGUCAGCCAGCGUGGUGUGCAGGCAGCUGGGCUUUGGCACUGCUAAAGAGGCUCAGACGGGGGCACGCAUGGGCCAAGGCAUCGGUCCUAUCCAUAUGAAUGAGGUGCGUUGUCAUGGUGAUGAGAAGAGCCUGUGGAAAUGCCCUCACAAGAACAUCACUGCCGAGGACUGCAAACAUAUGGAGGAUGCUUCUGUGAAAUGCAACAUUCCUUAUAUGGGCUUUGACAAAACGAUCCAGCUGACCGGGGGUCGUACACUGUUGGAGGGCCGAGUGGAGCUCCUGGCCCAUAACACCAGUGGUUUAAGGCAGUGGGGGCUGAUCUGUGGGGAUGGCUGGACCUCCCGCGAGGCCAUGGUGGCAUGCAGACAGCUGGGGUUGGGCCAUGCCAGCAGCGCCCUCAGAAUCCGUAUGGUCGGUGGCAGGACAGAUCAUGAAGGCAGAGUGGAGGUUCAGGUUGGGUCCAGAUGGGGCUUUAUGUGCAGUGAUGGUUGGAGCACUAGAGAAGCCAUGGUGUCCUGCAGACAGCUAGGCCUCAGCUAUGCUCUUCAUGCGAUCACCGAAACCUGGUACUGGGACAGCACCAAUGUGACAGAGAUGGUGAUGAGUGGGGUAAAAUGUCAUGGAGAUGAGAUGACACUCACAGACUGUCAGCACCAUCAUGUCGUCAGUUGCAAGAGAACAGAAGCUCAGUUUGCUGCUGGAGUUAUCUGCUCAGACUCGGCGUCAGACCUGGUCCUGAAUGCCCCUCUGGUGGAGCAGAGCGUCUACAUUGAGGACCGCCUCUUACAUUUGCUCUACUGUGCAGCAGAGGAGAACUGCCUCGCCAAAUCUGCUGCCCACGCCAACUGGCCUUAUGGACAGAGACGCCUUCUACGCUUCUCCUCUGAGAUCCACAAUAUUGGCCGGGCUGACUUUCGGCCUCGCCUAGGCCGCCACUCCUGGGUGUGGCAUGAGUGCCACAGGCACUACCACAGCAUGGAUGUCUUCACUCACUAUGACCUGCUGGCUCUCAAUGGCACUAAAGUGGCAGAUGGUCACAAAGCCAGCUUCUGCUUGGAGGACACGGACUGUCAUGAAGGUGUUUCAAAACGAUACGAAUGCGCUAACUUUGGUGAGCAGGGAAUCACAGUUGGCUGCUGGGACACAUACAGGCAUGAUAUUGACUGCCAGUGGAUUGAUAUUAGUGAUGUUAAACCAGGAAACUACAUUCUACAGGUUGUACUAAAUCCCAACUUUGAGGUACCAGAGAGUGACUUCACCAACAAUGCUAUGCGCUGCAACUGCAAAUAUGAUGGAAAUCAGGUCUGGCUGCAUAAAUGUCAUCUAGGUGAUUCAUACAGUGAGGAGGCUGAGAAGCAGUUUGAACUUUAUCCUGGUCAGCUGAAUAAUAAAAUCUUUUAACAGCAACAAUCAGACCAUGGAAAACCUUUAGGCCAUUUUAGGAAAUGUAAAGCUUACUACACUUAAGCACUUAUUUAUUCUUGUUGUAUCUUGUUACUCAUUGUAUUUAGUCCUGAUGUCAAUCUCCAGCUAAAUCAACCCAGAAGACACCACCUAACAAACAGCAACAAAGUAGCCAGUAUCAUGUCUUAAAUCUAUCCUGGCAUGCCAGACUCACUAAAGGUCGAUGGGCAAGGGACUUUAGAAUAGCCCAUUGUCUGUCUGAAUAAACGGAAAAAGCUUAAGGGAAAUACACAAAUGAGCGCUUCCUCAUUCAUGUACCUGCCCAGUUAGAGCUUGUUUUCUCCUGACUGGAAUGCCAGUCUUCCUAUGCUGGAUACAUCAUCUUAAACUUUCAAGAUACGCUUGUAAUGUCAUGUACUUUGUUAUAAUGACUACAUUAUAAUCAUUGAUAUGUGCUUUAAACAUUUUA